AGCGCGGGAAAAGGCGGGACCGGAAACCGCCUCAGAGGCACUUCCGGCGCGGCGGAGCAAAGAUGGCGCUGCCGACGGCGCUGCUGCGGCGCGGGGCCUUUGCGGGUUUCCGUGGGCUGAGGCUGCUGAGUUCGGCCCCCCCCAAGGCCAAGGCCGCCUUCGUGAGGGACAAACCCCACGUGAACGUCGGCACCAUCGGGCACGUGGACCACGGCAAGACCACCCUGACGGCCGCCAUCACCAAAGUGCUGUCGGCGGGGGGCGGGGCGCGGUUCCGGCCCUACGAGGAGAUCGACAGCGCCCCCGAGGAAAAGGCGCGCGGGAUCACGAUCAACGCGGCGCACGUGGAGUACAGCACGGCCCGGCGGCACUACGCGCACACCGACUGCCCCGGGCACGCCGACUACGUCAAGAACAUGAUCACGGGCACGGCGCCCCUGGACGGCGUCAUCCUCGUGGUGGCGGCCACGGACGGGCAGAUGCCGCAGACACGGGAACACCUGCUGCUUGCCAGGCAGGUGGGCGUGCAGCACGUGGUGGUGUACCUGAACAAGGCCGACGCGGUACCUGACCCGGAGCUGCUGCCGCUGGUGGAGUUGGAGGUUCGGGAGCUGCUCAGCGAGUUCGGCUUCGACGGCGAGAACACACCUGUGGUGGCGGGGUCGGCGCUGUGUGCCCUGCAGGACCGUGACCCCGCCCUGGGGCUGCAGUCGGUGCUGCGCCUGCUGGAGGCGGUGGACGAGCACAUCCCGCAGCCCCCGCGGGACCUGGAGCGGCCGUGCCUGCUACCUGUGGAGGCCGUGCACUCCAUCCCAGGGCGGGGCACGGUGGUGACCGGCACUCUGGAGCGCGGAACUCUCCGGAAGGGCGAUGAGGUGGAGCUGCUGGGCUACGGCCGAGAGCUGCGCUCAGUGGUGACCGGCAUAGAGACGUUCCACAAGCAGCUGGAGGUGGCCGAGGCCGGGGACAAUGUGGGGGCGCUGCUGCGGGGGCUGCGCCGGGAGGAGCUGCGGCGGGGGAUGGUCCUGACCCCCCCCGGGGCCAUCAGGGCACAGCAGAAGGUCCAGGCACAGGUGUACGUGCUCACCCCACAGGAGGGGGGUCGCCACAAACCGUUCGUGUCCCACUUCGCGCCCGUCAUGUUCUCCCACACGUGGGACAUCGCCUGCAGGGUGCUGCUGCCCCCCGGCAAGGACCUGGUGAUGCCGGGGGAGGACGCCGCUCUCUCGCUGCUGCUGCGGCAGCCGAUGGUGCUGGAGCGGGGUCAGCGCUUCUCGCUGCGCGACGGCUCCAGAACCAUCGGGACCGGGGUGGUGACCGCGGUGCUGCCCCUGGAGCAGGCGGACAGGGACGUCACCUGGGGGUGACCCACACCCCACACAUCACCUGGGGGUGACCCACACCCAAAACAGGGACGUCACAUGGGGGUGACCCACACACAUCACCCACCCAUGGGAGACCCUCCCCCACCUCUGACCCUCCCCCACCAACAGGGACGUCACAUGGGGGUGACCCUCCCCCACCCACCUCUGACCCUCCCCCACCCACCUCUGACCCU